AUGAAGUUAUGCAUUAAUUUAUCGAAUAUAAAUCUAUGGCGAAAACAAAUUGGUGUUGUCUGGCUUUUAAUUGAAGUAAAUCUUAUUAGUGCGAAUAUUUUUGGAUUUCCUGCACUUUUCAAAGUAUUACCAAAGUAUGGUGUCUACAAUAACUAUUGUCAAUCAACAAAUAUUACUAAUUCGACAGAACAAGAUUGUAAUCGUCAAACACAACAAUAUCAAAAUGCAUUGACUUUGGGUAUUAUUUUUUUUAAUUUACCAUCAGUUUUUGUUGGUAUAUUAAUUGAUAUGUUCGGCGGUCGUUUCAUAAAAUUAAUCGGAAUAGUAUUUCAUGUUGUAGGAUGGUUAGCGUUGGCACUUGUUAAAUCUGAUAAGUAUCGAGAUUCACUAUUAUUUGUUCACACAUUGUUUACAGCACUAUCCGGUAUUAUUGUACAAAUAACAAGCUAUGCAGCAUGUAGUUAUUUUUCUAAAGCACGGGCAUUUUUAUUAACUUUACUUGUGGGUUCGAGUUUGUCAGCAUCGGUUUGGUAUUCAGUUUUUCAAGUUUUAAUUGAUAGUGAUAAAUUAACAUUAUCUCAAUUAUCUUAUAUCUGGAUGUCAUUUGGAGCAUUGAUGUUUUUUUCAUCAUUUCUAUUUCUUGAUUGGAAAUUUCCGAUAUUAAAUCUUGGAUAUACAUUUGAUACAAAAUUAGAGCAAUCCAAGGCGAUUACAACAGAUGGUAAAUAA